AUGACAGCACCUGAACUCGAGGGCCUGCGCGAAAUUCUUGGUAAACUGCUUGAGCGCGGCCAGAUUUAUGAGUGUGACGCAGCCUUUGCGUCGCCUGCAUUUGUCAUUAAAAAGAAACUUGGAGGCUACAGACUACUUGUCGACAUGCGGCAAAUGAAUGCAGCAAUUAAGGAUUAUUCAUGGCCGCUGCCUAAUAUCGGCGCUCUAUUGGAUCGCUGCAAUGAAUGUUUCAGUAAUUGCCUCAUGGCCAUUGCCAAUAAAUCCAAAACAGUGUUUAUCUCUUCACCUUCACUGAACAUUCAUAGAACUCCCAGAUUCCAGCAAAAAAUAAAAACUGAAAUUAAUGAAUAA